AUGGGUCAAAUAGAAUCGAAAGAAAAAAUAUAUUGGGUUAACGAUGUUGAAAAAGCCGUACUCAUAGCAAAUUUCACUAAGAAACCUGUUUUUUUAAUGAUAAUGAAAUCAUUUUGUCCCACGUGCAAAUACAUCGAACCUGAAUACGUGGAGGAUAAAGAUUUUCGCGCGAAAAGCGUGGAUCAAAAAUCGGUCGAAGAAACUUAUGCCGUUGAUGGUCAUUACGUACCAAGAAUAAUUUUUCUGGAUUCAAAUGGUAAACCCAUGAAACAAUUUUACAAUGCCUCGAAACCCGAUGCCAAAUAUUUUUAUCCUCAAGCCAAUGAAAUCGUUGCAAGUAUGAGAAACGUAUUAUUCUCAUUUUAUUCAAAUAAAAACGAUGAUUGA